AUGAAGGAAAAUCGCCAUUUAAAAUUCAAACGUGGACGGGUGAGUCUUAGCGAUGAUCCCAGGGUGGGUGCACCAAAAACGGCAGUCACCCAGGAAAACGUCGCACAUGUGACAUAUCGCGAGAUUGAGGCGUCCUUGAAGAUCUCAAAGACCUCAAUUCAAAAAAUUUUACAUGAAGAGUUAGGAGUAAGAAAAUUAGUUUCUCGUUGUAUACCCCACCUGUUGACUGAAGAGCAGAAAGCAGCGAGGGUUAAUUUUUGUCAAAAAACGCUUGACCGUUUCAAUUCCGGAAACUCAAAAAAUGUGUACAGCAUUAUUAGUGGUGAUGAAUCGUGGAUUUACUGUUAUGAACCAGAAAAUAAACGACAGUCGGCUGUUUGGGUGUUCCAAGGUGAAGAAAAGCCAACAAAAGUCAUCCAUUCUCGAAGUGUUUCGAAAAAGAUGGUCCCGACAUUUGUAUCAAAAGCGGGUCAUAUUGCAACAAUUCCUCUUAAUGAGCAAAGAGCUGUUACUGCGGAUUGGUAUACCACCAUUUGUUUGCCAAAAGUCAUCACCGAGCUUCGAAAAAUCAACCCCGAAAGAAAAAUCAUCCUCCACCAAGACAAUGCAAGCUCGCACACAGCCCAAAAAACAAGGCAGAAUUUAACGGAAGAAAACGUGGAAUUAUUGGACCAUCCUACAAAAAGUCCCGUUUUAAGUCCUAACGAUUUCUUUACUCUCCCGAAAAUUAAAAACAGACUGCGUGGUCAAAGGUUCCAGUCACCAGAAGAAGCAGUUGACGCAUCCAAAAAUGCCGUUAUGGAUCUGCCAGCAAACGAGUGGAAUAAGUGCAUCGAAAAUUGGUUAGAGCGCAUGCAGAUGUGUAUUAAUCUUCGUGGAGAAUACUUCGAAAAACAAUAA